GCGCAAUUGCCAUGCCGGCAUCCUGGCCUCUGAGUGCAGGCUGCAAGCUGCAGGGAACCAGUUCCAGUCCAUAAAGUUCGGGGCGGUUCAGCUCUUCAACAGCCACGCAGAGCUGGAGGGCAACGUGCUUGCAGACUGUGGCGUUGGCGUUUCCCUGCGCGCUGGGCUGCGGGACCGGAUUGCGGGAGCGACGGAAUGUCGACUGAGGACCAACGUCAUCCGGAAAUGUGAGAUCGGGCUGAAGGUCUGCUCGGCGCAAGGCGGCCGGGUGCAGUGUGGAGCCUCGGAGGAUAGUUUCACGGAGAAUGGAGAUGGGCUUGUGGUCCAGGGCCCGGGCGCACGGGUUCGACUUGAGAGGUGCCAAAUUUGCCGCUGCCAGCGCGGCGGCGCUCACGUUGCCAAGGACGCCCGGCUGGAACUCGAUUCUUGUGAACUCCUGGACAAUGGACGUGGCGUGGUCAUGGCGGGUGGGAGUUCUGCGGACGUGCAGCGCUGUUGUUUCGAAGGCAACACCGGCUGGGCCAUUCGCCUGGAGUCUGAGCCGGCGCUUGCUGCAAGCCCUCAAGUGACUUGCAUCACUGGCAAUGUCUUUGGCUCCCAACUCAGAGGCAAUGCUGGCCGGAAACGAAUCCGCGUGGAUGCGAGGGAUGUCCUGCCUGUGGUGAUGGACAACGUUGAGCCUGAAGGCGAAGCUGUGGAAGCU